AGUUGUUUUGUUUUGAUCUGUCAUUUUAGUGCGAGUCAAAAAAUAAAAAAGUUUUAUUUAAUAAAAAACAGAAGUUUAUUAUAAAAAACAGAGGUUGAUUACAAAAAAAAUACAUAAUGCAGGAUUUUGAGGCGAAGCGGAACGCCUUGUUCGCUUGUCUCGACAAUGCAAGCAAAGAGCUAACCGGAACAGCGCUAGACCAAAGCCAUUCGGCCAGCCCCGCAAUCGAUUUAGUUUACCGCCGCGGCAAUUGUCCAAACAGAAAAAGAGGAGCUCCAUCUCCUGAUAAAAGCUUAUCUCGAAUGCGCGGCAAAGAGAGUAUAUUCAAGAAACCCGAAAUGCCACUAUCAAAAUGUUUAAAGCCUCGCAGGACGCCAGAUUAUAAGGUUAAUCCACAAAAGUGGACCAAGUACUCCCUGGCAGAUGUGGAUAUCUCAGAUCACACCAACACUGCCGCAGCUUUUCAGUUCUUAAAGCAAAUGGACGAGCAGCUGGAAGCGCGUGCAGAAAAAGAGGGAAAUUUCGAGGAAGGCAAGUUAAAAAUCGAGUUUAAGAGGUCUAGUAAAAUAAGAAAACAAAUGAAAGCUAAAGAAGAUGAUGAACUAAAAGAUGUGGAGGUGGAUAAACCUAGGCUAAAAGGUUCCAAGGUUGUGAUGCCAGAAUAUGUUGUUGGACAGCAAAGAGAAUCAAAGAAAAAGCAUAAAGUAGCUACGGAGAAUAAGGUACGUGCUGCUGGUACCUUAAAGCUUGAACAUCUACAAGAGGAAGAUGAAGAGCCAGAAGAGGAUUAAUGUUAUAAAUUUUGAAUUAUUAUUUAGAUACAAAAAUUUAAAUUGCAAAUACAUACUUUUUUUAGAUAUUAAGUACACAUAUCGCACACCGUCUUCAAAGGAGUCACAACUCGAAAUAAUCGUUCGACAGAAAAUGCGAAAAACUAUUUCGUAGCAGAUGCUAAUCAUAUGGGCAGGGCGACUUUACCUAAGGUUUUUUUUAACAAAUUAUAACAAAAAUUUGCUCCAGCUUCUGCUGAAAGGUAAAUAAAACCUCUGUGUACAUUUUUAGCGGAUAAUUUUAAAAAUGCCAAAUUUGGAGUUGUGACUCUUGAAGACGGUAUGCAACAUGGUGGACAUGUUUACAGUGUAGGCGCGUGAAAUCUGUAAUAUGAAAAAUCCAUCGUAUUUUUAGUAUGUAUGUACAUAUAUUGAUCGCAAUAAAAAAAUAGCUAUGGAUAAUCGAA